GCUGCCUCCACACCACCGCCCAGCGCAGGCUACAGUAUAAAGCCUGCACCCCAGCUCAGCCUCUGCUUUCUGGAUACACAGUUUCUGCCUGGACGCCAGUGGAGAGGUGAGAAGACGAUGACUGACCUGGAGAGCUCGAUGGCGACCAUCAUCGCCGUGUUUCGGAAGUAUUCGGAGAGAGAGGGAGACAAACACAAACUGAAGAAGAACGAGCUGAAGGAUCUGUUUCAGGACGAGCUGCCGGACCUGAUGGCGCAUGUGAAAGACCAGGGGGCGCUGGACAGCCUGAUGGAAAGCCUGGACACAGACGGCGACGCCGAGUGUGACUUCCAGGAGUUCAUGACAUUCGUCUCCAUGGUCACCAUCUGUUGCCAUGAGUUUUUUGAGCACGAGGACGAGUAGGGAGGCAGCGACCAGGGACGAAGACAAAGGGGGAGCUAGAGUAAUUUAUAAAGGAGAAACCUAGCAACGCUGAACCUGUUGAUGCCUCCAGAGCAGCGCAGGGUGGGAAAACACACCUCCAGCCAUCAGCCAAGCGCGAUCAGUGAGGUUUGGCUGGUGGCUGAGAAACACUUCAGUCCAAUUUUACUCUAAAAUCUUCAAAAUGAGAAUUGGGUUUUACCUAAAGUUGUUUCAUUUCACACGACAACAAGAUUUUUAGAUGCUCCAGUUAACUGCAGAAAUUGGCGAGGAAGUUUUUCUUCUGUACCUUCUACAACCAGUUAUUCAAUUCUAAAAGUCAAGCUGGUAAAUGUAGAAACAUUUCAGAGAAAAGCUGCUAAAUUUGGAAACUGUCAAUUAAGUCAAACACAUUUAAUGGGCUACUAAAAUGGAUUGUGAGGGUUCCUUUAGUCUAGCUUCCACUUUGGUACAAGAAACAACUAUAAGUUGGAGUUAUAUUGUAAAAUAUACUGUUUGGAUGUUCUGGCUGAUUAGUUGUUUAGCUCUCUCCUUAGUUUUGUUUCUUGUUUAGAAGCUCUUUUUGGAAAUAGGUGGUAUCAGAGUCAUAACACGUUCCAAAUAGCUAGCUGGCUGCUAAACACUGGCAUAUACUGUAGUAGCUGCUGUUGCCUGCAGCCGAGUUUAGUUUCUCUCCCUGCUUCUGCUGCAGGUUUGAUCCUGUUCGAGUUCAUAUUCAGCCAUGUAGAAACUGUCAAACAAUCUAAAAACAUCUAGUUCCACUGUGUGUAACGUUUCCUGCAAAAAAAACAGUGAACAGAAAGAGUUUGUCUGAUGAUGUGCAUUUUGAAAUACUGUAUGUGGCACUGGUUUGUUUGGAUGUUGCAGAAUUAAAUGAUCACUGUGUGACUCUGGA